GGAGAAGAGUAAAAAAAAAAGUGGGACUCUGAGCUGACAACAUGACGUGGAGGGAGAGCCAAGAGGCGGCAUCAUCCUCUUCAUCAUCAUCAUCCUCAUCCUCCUCAUCACCAUCAUCUACGGGCGCUUGAAAUGUCUGCAGCUGAUUUUUGGGCCACUGUGCCGGCAUUUUUUUCACCUCCGUGCACCGAGGACGGGAUUAUUGGAGAGCUGCACACACGCACAGCCGCCGCCGCCGCCGCUGCUGCCGGUAUGUGAACGAGCUGGUUCACUUCACCUUUUAAAAACUGUGUUUUUGCUGCUCUCUCUCUCUCUCUCUCUCUCUCCCUCUCUCUCUCUCUCUCUCUCUCUUGCAUCAAUUUGAUGCUGCGUGAUGCUGCUGCUGCUGCUGCGGUGACUGUGUGAAUUCGCAUCCCCACCACCCUCUCCGGACCGAGGCAAUGUAAUUUCAACCAUUCUUUCUUUCUUUUUUUCAUUUCCUAUGAUGCGCACCCGCCUUGCAACAUUUUUGAUUUUUUUGAAAAAUGCCUUAUUCCGUCGCGAGGCGCGAGGAUGCCUGUAGCUGUGGUUGUGUCAUUGCUGCAGCACACUCUCCUCAGCUCAAGUCCGACACAACUAACCUCAGCUGAAGAGGAGACAGCAAGCUGGCAAGUGCUUUACACCACCCAACCUAAGCCAUAUAUACAUGUGUAUGUAUGUGGAGGAGCCUGUGCAUGUAUGUGUAGGACUGACACUCUGGGGAAGCAUCUAUUGCACUGUGGUUUUGGGGCUUCCCAAAAAACUGUCACAUCCUUAAAUCUGUCUGGGGGAUUGCUGUGAGCUUACAAGCUUCCUGGUGAUAUUUUGGAGGGCAGCCCUGAUGCAUCUUGCGAGGCUGAAGACUGUCUUUGCCAGGUUUGCAUCACCAGACAGGAGACAGGGCAGACGGCGACUCUGCGUGUGACAUGUUAGAGACUCAACUCCUGCCAAAAAUCUCUGACCUGCCCCGUCGGAGCCCUUUUCUAUGAACAUCCCUGCUUUGCCACUAACGAUUCGAGGAGGGGAGACAGUGGCAAGCAGUAGCAGACAAUCUGCAGACAUCACUGUUAAACAUAGAGGUUCUCUGCUCACCAACUCUCCAACCAUCAAUAUAAGAGACACCGGACAGCAGGGUCAGGAUGCAGGUGUCCUUCGCCUGCACUGAGCACAACCUCAAGAGUCGCAGUGAGGACCGGCUCUGUGGCCUCCGCACCGCUCCACCUCCUGGAGGAAGCAGUGGGGGAGUGGGAGGUGGUGGUGGCAGUGGUGGUGGAGGAGGUGGCGGUGGUGGUGGAGGUGGCGGUGGCGGAGGAGGUGGCGACAGAGGGGGAGGAGGAGGUAGUGGACAAGGGAGUAACGGCAACUACACCUCCCAAGGCUCAGUCAAGGCCAGGGAGGGUCCCGGGUCCCGUCAGACUCCACAGGGCCAUGCCCACAUGAAGGAGGCCAUCGGGCGCCACACCAGUAUGAAGUACAGAAACCUGGGGAAGUCAGGCCUACGAGUAUCCUGCCUCGGGUUAGGCACCUGGGUGACAUUUGGAUCACAGAUCUCUGAUGAGAUGGCUGAGAACCUGAUGACCAUAGCUUAUGAGAACGGAGUGAACCUUUUUGACACGGCGGAGGUGUACGCCUCUGGAAGAGCGGAAAUUACUCUAGGGAACAUUAUCAAGAAGAAAGGAUGGAGGCGUUCAAGUUUUGUCAUCACAACAAAAAUCUAUUGGGGAGGCCAAGCAGAGACAGAGAGAGGACUCUCCAGAAAGCACAUCAUUGAAGGUUUAAGAGGAUCCUUAUCAAGACUCCAGUUAGAUUAUGUGGACAUCGUCUUUGCCAACAGAAAUGAUGUCAACAGUCCAAUGGAAGAGAUUGUACGAGCUAUGACCUUUGUAAUUAACCAGGGAAUGGCCAUGUACUGGGGAACCUCACGCUGGAGUGCCAUGGAAAUCAUGGAGGCGUACUCAGUUGCACGCCAGUUCAACCUGAUCCCACCUGUGUGUGAGCAGGCAGAGUAUCACUAUUUCCAGAGGGAUAAAGUCGAGGUGCAACUUCCUGAGCUCUACCAUAAGAUUGGCGUCGGAGCAAUGACGUGGUCUCCUCUUGCAUGUGGAUUAAUCACGGGGAAAUACAGUGACGGAGUACCCGAGUGCUCCAGAGCGGCAAUGAAGGGAUACCAGUGGCUGAAGGAGCGGGUGAACAGUGAGGAGGGCCGCAGACAGCUUGCCAAAAUCAAGGAACUCCAUCUACUGGCAGACAGACUGGGCUGCACUGCUGCACAGUUAGCCAUAGCCUGGUGUCUGCGCAGUGAGGGAGUCAGCUCAGUACUUCUGGGAGUUUCUAACACAGACCAGCUACUUGAGAACCUGGGUGCCCUUCGGAUUUUAUCCCAAAUGACCCCGCAAACCAUUACUGAGAUUGACACCCUGCUGGGAAAUAAGCCACACUCAAAGAAAGAGUCCCGCGCUUGAAGAGGCAAAUCUGAGUGACCCACGAUGUUUUGAGAGGAGGAUGAAGGAGACGGUGACAUCGGGAAAACAUCACUAUUUGCUCCGCUGUAUACUAAACAACUUGCAUGUUCUCAGCGACAUUAUGCUUCCAGUGUGUGCGCAGAUCCACUUUGCGCAGGAACAUUGUAUCAUGUAUGAAAAAGAAAAAAAAAGGAAAAAUUCUUCAAUCAUGGAAAAAAAACACCAAAACGGUCAUAUAUUGCUCACUGCCGUUUGUCCACAGAAUAAUGAUUUCUACAGAGGGGGAGGCUAAAACUGCAUGAAGCGACGGACGGGGUCUGCAAUCAACUGAUUUGACUUGUGUUGAUGAUGAAAAGUUCUGACGUGUGUGAGGGGAGGGGAGGGGGAAAUACCUUUAUGCUAAAUGAAACUUGACUGCUUGAAAGGUGCUGAAAGGUCUCUUCAUCACGCAACUGCUUGUUUUUUUCUGUAAGAUGUUUAGUACCCAGCAGCCAGAGAGCCAAAGGUUAGUACUCGUGUGUCUGACCAAACAUUUCCCAUAGUGUGCAUGUGACUUCGUCUGCCACGCUCACUGCUUUACAGGGUUGGGAACAGCGGAUUCAAGAAACUUUAAUCCAACGUCACGUCACAUGCUUUACAGGUAGUGUGGACACAUGUAUUGGUGAAGUGCCAAGUGUAUAGGAGAACCUAUGUAGCCUUCAGUUUAGGUCUACUGCAAUUUUCAAAUUUGUUAAAGCCAAAAUGUGUGUCAAAAUAUCAAUUUGGAGAGAAUAUAUACAUAUAUCUAUAUACAUAUAUAUGUAUGUAUGUAUAUAUAUAUAUAUAUACGUUAUUAUUAUAAUAUGUCAAUUGUGUGUCAUUAUGAAAACAUGGUGGUCCAAAAUGGCGGCCUCUGUAGAGCAGACAUAAAUAUAAAUAUAAAAGGCUCAUUCUGUGGUAAUGAAUGGCAACAAUUCUUAAAAGCAGAUGAUUAUAGAUGUGAAAAGAUAUUUUUUUUAAUUUACCAAAUUAAGAAACAUCAUCUAAAUUGUACACACUGCACUUUUAAAAGACCAAUUACCUUAUUGCACCAAAAUCGACAC